AUGCAUCUUUCCAUUGGGAGCAGCAGCCAGGAAGAGGAGUGUCUGGGAGAGACGCUCUAUAAAAUGAAAGCACAGAGCCCAGUCUCUUGUAUGCACAAGCAGAGAACUCAACUCCCAGAGUUUUUCGGAGUAGAGGGCGAGCAACGGCUGAAAGAGGAGAAGGAAGCCAAGAGGGCUCGUUUGGAUGGAAGGCAUGACUACCUGUUUGCAAUUGUAGCUUCCUGUUUGGACCUGAACAAACUGGAAGUGGAAGAUGCCCUUCUUGAGGGUAAUCAGAUUGAAAGAAUCGAUCAGCUUUUUGCUACUGGAGGACUCCGUCAUCUCAUGUUUUACUAUCAGGAUGUGGAAGGAGCAGAAGCAGGACAGUUUGGCUCUUCAGGAGGGGUAACUCCUGUUCCUGGAAAGACGAAAAAGCCCAAGGUGUUUGUGACGGAAGGAAAAGAUGUUGCUCUCACGGGAGUUUGUGUGUUCUUCAUCAGGUCUGACCCUUCUAAAGCCAUCACGGCUGAGAAUAUCCACCGGGAGGUGAGCUUUAACACGUUAGACACUGCGGAUGGGGGCCUGCUGAACAGCGUGAGGCGUCUGCUCUCUGACGUCUUCAUCCCAGCUCUCAGGGCCUCAAGCCAUGGCUGGGGUGAGCUCGAGGGGCUUCAGGAUGCAGCCAGCAUUCGGCAGGACUUCCUGAGCUCUCUGGAUGGUUUUGUGGGCAUCUUGUCAGGUGCACAGGAGAGCCUGAAGGAGAAGGUGAGCCUUCAAAAAUGUGACAUAUUGGAACUGAAGUCCUCCAAGGAACCUCUGGACUACUUGGCUCUAGCUAGUAACCCUGAGACUGUGGAAAGAGUAGAGUGUUGCAUGAAAGUCUGGAUCAGACAGACAGAACAGAUCCUUGCUGAGAGCAAUCAGCUGCGGAAAGAAGCAGAUGAUGUUGGUCCGAGAGCAGAGUUGGAGCACUGGAAAAAAAGGCUCUCCAAAUUUAAUUACCUUUUAGAGCAACUGAAAAGCCCUGAUGUGAAGGCUGUGCUAGCAGUGCUCGCUGCAGCCAAGUCCAAGCUUCUGAAGGUCUGGCGGGAGACAGACAUUAGGAUCACGGAUGCAGCUAAUGAAGCAAAGGACAAUGUCAAAUAUUUGUACACCCUGGAGAAAUGUUGUGACCCUCUGUACAACAGUGACCCUAUAACUAUGAUAGAUGCUAUUCCCACCCUUAUAAAUGCAAUUAAGAUGAUCUACAGCAUCUCUCACUACUAUAACACAUCUGAGAAGAUCACAUCUCUGUUUGUAAAGGUGACAAAUCAGAUGAUAUCUGCAUGCAAAGCCCAUAUCACCAAUAAUGGGACUGCCACCAUCUGGAGCCAGCCUCAGGACAUUGUUAUGCAAAAGAUAUCUUCUGCGAUUAAACUUAAGCAGGGAUACCAGCGCUGCUUCCAGGAGACAAAACAAAAGCUUAAGCAAAACCCAAGUGAAAAGCAAUUUGACUUUAGCGAGAUGUAUAUAUUUGGAAAGUUUGAAACUUUCCAUCGACGUCUGACUAAGAUAAUGAACAUCUUCACAACCUUCAAGACAUACUCAGUCCUGCAAGAUUCUAAAAUAGAGGGGUUGGAAGAUAUGGUGACAAAAUACCAGGACAUUGUUGCUGCCGUAAAGAAGAAGGAAUAUAACUUCUUAGACCAGCGGAAAAUGAAUUUUGACCAAGAUUAUGAAGAGUUUUGCAAGCGCACUGAUGACCUUCAUAAUGAGUUGCAGAGGUUCAUGGAUGUCACAUUCGAAAAGAUUCAAAGCACAGGGCAAGCUCUGAGCAUGCUGAAGAAGUUUGAAAGAUUGAAUAUACCUAACCUUCGUAUUGAGGAAAAAUACCAAACAGUUUUUCAGAAUUUUGGGGCUGACAUCGACAUGAUUUCUAAGCUCUAUACGAAACAGAAAUACGACCCUCCCUUGGCUCGCAACCAGCCUCCCAUAGCUGGGCAGAUCUUGUGGGCCCGGCAGCUAUUUCACAGGCUGGAGCAGCCAAUGCAGCUCUUCCAGCAGCACCCCUCUGUGCUGAAGACAGAGGAGGCCAAGCCUGUGAUCCGCAGUUACAACAAGAUAGCCAAGGUCCUAUUGGAGUUUGAGGUCCUCUACCACAGGGCGUGGCUUCAGCAGAUCGAAGAAAUUCACAAAGGUCUCGAGGCUUCCUUACUGGUGAAGGCUCCAGCCACAGGGGAAUUGUUUGUGAACUUUGAUCCCCAGAUAUUAAUCUUAUUUAGAGAAACUCAGUGCAUGUCCCAGAUGGGUCUCCCGGUCUCACCACUUGCAUCUGCCCUCUUCGAGAAGCGGGAUGUGUACAAAAAGAACUUCAGUGACAUGAAGAUGAUGCUGUCCGAAUACCAGAGAGUGAAAUCGAAAAUGCCUCCUGCCAUUGAGCAGUUGAUGGUCCCACACUUGGCUAGAGUGGAUGAAGCCCUCCAGCCCGGCCUGGCUGCCCUGACUUGGACGUCCCUGAAUAUUGGGACAUAUUUAGAAAAUGCUUUUGCAAAGAUCAAGGACCUGGAGCUGCUGCUUGACCGGGUCAAUGAUUUGAUUGAGUUCCGCAUCAAUGCCAUCCUGGAAGAAAUGAGCAGCAUGCCGCUUUGUCAGCUCCCUCAGGAGGACCCCCUUACUUGUGACGGAUUCCUCCAAAUGACAAAGGACUUGUGUGUGAAUGGUGCUCAGAUGCUCCAUUUUAAAAGCUCCCUGGUGGAGGAAGCUGUAAAUGAACUAAUAAACAUGUUACUGGAUGUGGGUGUCCCACCUGAAGAAGCGAGUGAAAAUGUCUGUCGUGAGAAUGCCAGUUCUUACGGUGACACUUCAGGUAAGAGAGGAGGGCAUUCUGAGGCCUUGGCAUCUACAUUUAAUGCUGGGGCCUGUCAUCUGCCUUUGACAGCAAUCGCAAGGAAGAAGAAAGAGAGUGAGAUGUUAGAGGAUGCCCGUGAGCUGCUUUCCCAUUUUAACCAUCAAAACAUGGAUGCUCUUUUGAAAGUGACAAGGAAUACACUUGAGGCCAUUCGCAAGCGCAUUCAUCUUUCCCACAUGAUUAACUUCCGGGACAGUAACAGUACAUCUAAGGCAAAACAGAGCCAUCUCCCCAUUUUCCGGGCAAACAUCACUCUGGCCAUUCCGAACAUUGCUAUGACUCCUGCCCUGGAAGACAUACAGCAGACACUGAACAAAUCCGUGGAAUGCAUCAUCAGCGUCCCCAAGGGGGUUAGACUGUGGAGCAGUGAGCUGUUGUCCAAGAGAAAGAUGCAUGAAAGAAAAAUGGCUGCUGUGCAGAACAAUGAAGAUAGUGAUUCCGAUGUGGAGGUGGAGGAAAGUGAACUGCAAGAAACACUGGAGGUAGCAUCUGUAAACUUGCCCAUUCCUGUGCAAACCCAGAAUUACUAUAAGAAUAUUUCUGAGAACAAAGAGAUUGUAAAGUUAGUAUCUGUGCUCAGCACAAUCAUCAACUCCACCAAGAAGCUUUCCAGACUGACCUGUGGGCCUUUUGUUUUUACAGCUGAUUUGAAGUUUUCUCUGACUGCAGAGACAAAAGCCUGGAUGGUUGUUAUUGGCCAUCACUGUAACAAAAAGUACAGGAGUGAGAUGGAAAACAUUUUUGCAGUUGUUGAAGAAUUCCAAAAGAAACUGAGCCGGCCAGUUAAAGACUUGGAUGAUAUUCGGAUUGCAAUGGCAGCCCUGAAAGAAAUCAGGGAGCAGCAGAUCUCCACUGACUUCCAAGUGGGGCCCAUUGAGGAGUCCUAUGCCCUCCUUAACAAGUACGGACUUCUGGUAGCCAAGGAGGAGAUGGACAAGGUCGACACUCUGCGCUACGCUUGGGAGAAGCUGCUGGCCCGGGCCAGUGACGUUCAGAAUGAGUUAGUCUCUCUGCAGCCUGCUUUCCGGAAAGAGCUGAUUGGCGCCGUCAAAGUGUUCCUCCAAGUCUGUCAGCAGUUUUACCUGGACUAUGAAUUGAAUGGUCCGAUGGCAAGUGGACUGAAGCCCCAGGAAGCCAGUGACAGGCUUAUUAUUUUUCAGAAUCAAUUUGAUAACAUAUAUCGUAAAUAUAUUACCUACACUGGGGGAGAGGAACUUUUUGGCUUACCAGUUACUCAGUAUCCCCAGCUUCUUGAGAUAAAGAAGCAGCUAAAUCUACUACAGAAAAUAUACAGUCUGUACAACAGCGUCAUAGAAACUGUGAAUAGUUAUCAAGAUAUCCUCUGGUCAGAAGUGAAUAUUGAAAAAAUCAACAAUGAGCUCUUAGAAUUCCAAAGCAGGUGUCGGAAGCUGCCCCGGGCCCUGAAGGAUUGGCAGGCCUUUCUGGAUCUGAAGAAGACCAUUGAUGACUUUAGUGAGUGCUGCCCACUGCUGGAAUACAUGGCCAGUAAAGCCAUGAUGGAGAGACACUGGCAGAGGAUAACUGCUCUUACUGGGCAUAGUCUGGAUGUGGGCAAUGAAACCUUUAAGUUAAGAAAUAUUAUGGAGGCCCCUCUUCUGAAAUACAAAGAGGAAAUAGAGGAUAUUUGCAUCAGUGCAGUGAAGGAGAGAGACAUUGAACAAAAACUGAAGCAAGUGAUCAAUGAGUGGGACAACAAAACAUUAACAUUCAGUAGCUUUAAGACCCGUGGAGAACUCCUCCUGAGAGGAGACAGUACCUCAGAAGUCAUCGCCAGCAUGGAGGACAGCUUGAUGUUGCUGGGCUCUCUCUUGAGCAAUAGGUACAACAUGCCAUUCAAAGCCCAGAUUCAAAAGUGGGUUCAAUGCCUUUCCAACUCGACAGACAUCAUUGAGAACUGGAUGACUGUUCAGAACUUGUGGAUUUAUCUAGAAGCAGUCUUUGUGGGAGGUGACAUUGCCAAGCAGCUGCCCAAGGAAGCCAAGCGCUUUUCCAACAUAGAUAAGUCUUGGGUGAAGAUCAUGACACGGGCCCAUGAGAUACCAAAUGUGGUUCAGUGCUGUGUUGGAGAUGAGACCAUGGGACAGUUGCUGCCCCACUUACUGGACCAGUUGGAAAUCUGCCAGAAGUCCCUCACAGGAUACUUGGAGAAGAAACGGCUGUGCUUUCCCCGCUUCUUCUUUGUCUCAGAUCCCGCUCUGCUAGAGAUUCUGGGCCAGGCAUCAGACUCCCACACCAUCCAGGCCCAUUUGCUGAAUGUGUUUGACAACAUUAAAACUGUCAAGUUCCAUGACAAGAUCUAUGAUCGAAUUCUGUCAAUUUCCUCUCGGGAGGGUGAGACUAUUGAAUUGGACAAACCGGUGAUGGCAGAGGGCAAUGUGGAAGUCUGGCUUAAUUCUCUGAUGGAGGAAUCUCAGGCCUCAUUACAUCUUGUGAUUCGCCAGGCAGCUGCAAAUAUUCAAGAAACAGGCUUUCAAUUGAUUGAAUUUCUUUCUUCCUUUCCUGCUCAGGUUGGAUUAUUAGGGAUUCAAAUGCUAUGGACCCGAGACUCAGAGGAAGCCCUUCAAAAUGCCAAGUUUGAUAAAAAAAUCAUGCAGAAGACCAACCAGUCCUUCCUAGAGUUACUGAACACGUUGAUUGACAUCACCACGAAGGACCUGAGCUCCGUGGAACGGGUUAAAUACGAGACUCUGAUUACUAUUCAUGUGCACCAAAGGGACAUCUUUGAUGACCUGUGUCGCAUGCACGUCAAGAGCCCUACGGACUUUGAGUGGCUGAAGCAGUGCAGGUUUUAUUUUAAGGAAGAUUCUGACAAGAUGAUGAUCCACAUCACAGACGUGGCUUUCAUAUACCAGAAUGAAUUUUUAGGCUGCACUGACAGGCUUGUCAUAACUCCACUUACAGACAGGUGCUACAUCACAUUGGCUCAAGCUCUAGGCAUGAGCAUGGGAGGGGCUCCUGCUGGUCCUGCAGGAACAGGCAAGACCGAAACCACCAAGGAUAUGGGCCGGUGUCUUGGGAAGUACGUUGUGGUUUUCAACUGCUCAGACCAGAUGGACUUCCGAGGACUUGGACGCAUAUUCAAAGGGCUGGCACAGUCUGGGUCCUGGGGUUGCUUUGAUGAAUUCAACCGCAUCGAUCUACCAGUUCUCUCCGUUGCAGCCCAGCAAAUCUCUAUUAUUCUUACAUGUAAAAAGGAGCAUAAAAAAUCCUUUAUUUUCACUGAUGGAGAUAAUGUGACUAUGAACCCAGAAUUUGGACUAUUCCUAACCAUGAACCCUGGCUACGCUGGGCGCCAGGAGCUUCCCGAGAACUUGAAGAUCAACUUCCGCUCCGUGUCCAUGAUGGUCCCCGACCGUCAGAUUAUCAUCCGGGUGAAGUUGGCCAGCUGUGGCUUCAUCGACAAUGUAGUUCUGGCCAGGAAAUUUUUCACACUCUACCGGCUGUGUGAGGAGCAGCUCUCGAAGCAGGUUCACUACGACUUCGGUCUGCGGAACAUUCUGUCUGUUCUGCGUACACUGGGGGCAGCAAAAAGAGCCAGUCCCACGGAUACAGAAUCCACCAUCGUGAUGCGUGUGCUGCGUGACAUGAACCUUUCCAAACUGAUUGAUGAAGAUGAACCCCUGUUCUUGAGUUUGAUUGAAGAUCUAUUUCCAAAUAUUCUUUUGGACAAAGCAGGCUACCCUGAGCUGGAGACAGCAAUCAGGAAACAGGUUGAGGAAGCUGGCUUAAUUAACCACCCUCCUUGGACACUGAAAGUCAUCCAGCUGUUUGAAACACAGCGGGUGAGGCAUGGAAUGAUGACGCUGGGGCCCAGCGGAGCAGGGAAGACCACCUGCAUCCACACCCUGAUGAAAGCCAUGACAGAUUGUGGAAAACCGCACAGAGAAAUGAGGAUGAAUCCCAAAGCAAUCACUGCCCCACAGAUGUUUGGUCGACUCGAUGUGGCCACAAAUGAUUGGACUGAUGGAAUAUUUUCUACCCUUUGGAGAAAAACACUGAAAGCAAAGAAAGGGGAACAUAUCUGGAUGGUUCUUGAUGGUCCUGUUGAUGCCAUCUGGAUUGAAAACCUGAAUUCCGUUUUGGAUGAUAAUAAAACUCUGACACUGGCCAAUGGUGAUCGGAUUCCGAUGGCUCCAAACUGCAAGAUUGUCUUUGAACCUCAUAACAUCGACAAUGCUUCUCCUGCCACCGUCUCAAGAAAUGGAAUGGUUUUCAUGAGUUCCUCUGUCCUUGACUGGAGUCCUAUUCUUGAGGGUUUUCUCAAGAGACGAUCUCCUCAAGAGGCUGAAAUCCUUCGGCAGCUGUACUCGGACACUUUCCUGGAGCUGUAUCGUUUCAGCAUUCAGAACCUAGAGUACAAGAUGGAGAUGCUGGAGGCCUUCGUCAUCACGCAGAGCACCCACAUGCUGCAAGGCCUGAUCCCUCCGAAGGAGCAGGCGGGGGAGAUAGGCCCGGAGCACCUGGGGAGGCUGUUUGUCUUUGCCAUGAUGUGGAGUGUGGGCGCUGUCCUGGAGUUGGAAGGUCGCAGGAGGCUGGAACUCUGGCUGCACUCGCGAGAGGUGCCCACGCUGCCGCUGCCUGAGCCUGAGGAUCCCGGGGACACGAUGUUUGACUACUAUGUUGCACCGGAGGGUACCUGGAAGCAUUGGAACACGUGUACCCCGGAGUAUGUGUAUCCACCUGAUACCACCCCAGAGUAUGGUUCUAUCCUGGUGCCAAAUGUGGACAACGUGAGGACUGACUUCUUAAUUAAAACCAUUGCCAAACAGGGCAAGGCUGUGCUGUUAAUUGGUGAACAAGGAACAGCCAAAACAGUCAUAAUAAAAGGAUUUCUGUCAAAAUAUGACCCUGAAAGUCACAUGGUCAAGAAUCUAAACUUUUCUUCAGCGACUACCCCACUGAUGUUUCAGAGGACAAUCGAGAGCUAUGUGGAUAAACGCAUGGGCACAACGUAUGGUCCUGCCGCAGGGAAGAAAAUGGCUGUAUUUAUUGAUGAUUUGAAUAUGCCAGUAAUCAAUGAAUGGGGUGAUCAGGUUACUAAUGAGAUUGUCCGACAGCUGAUGGAACAAAAUGGGUUCUAUAACCUAGAGAAGCCUGGAGAGUUUACUAGCAUUGUGGACAUCCAGUUCUUGGCAGCCAUGAUCCAUCCUGGGGGUGGACGCAAUGACAUACCACAGCGAUUGAAGAGACAGUUCUCCAUAUUCAACUGUACCUUGCCUUCGGAUGCUUCCAUGGACAAGAUCUUUGGUGUGAUUGCAGCUGGCUACUACUGUACCCAGCGGGGCUUCUCCGAGGAAGUGCAGGAUAUGGUGAUGAAGCUGGUAGCCUUGACAAGACGCCUGUGGCAGAUGACUAAAGUGAAGAUGCUCCCAACACCCGCAAAGUUUCACUACGUGUUUAACCUUCGAGACCUCUCCAGGAUCUGGCAGGGCAUGCUGAACAUCACUGCAGAGGUCAUCAAAGACACAGAUGACCUACUCAGGCUGUGGAAGCAUGAAUGUAAACGGGUGAUAGCUGACCGCUUCAGCACGUCCGGUGAUGUGACCUGGUUUGAUAAGGCUUUAGUCAGUUUGGUAGAGGAGGAGUUUGGUGAAGAGAAAACACCGGUGGUAGAUUGUGGAGUUGAUGCUUACUUUGUGGAUUUCCUGAGGGAUGCACCAGAGGCUACAGGUGAAACUUCUGAAGAGGCUGACGCUGAAAUGCCAAAACUUUAUGAGCCAAUCCAAUCCCUUAAUCACCUGAGUGAGCGUCUGAGCAUGUUCCUGCAGCUCUAUAAUGAGAGCAUCCGUGGCACUGGCCUGGACAUGGUGUUCUUCAUAGAUGCAAUGGUCCACUUAGUCAAGAUUUCCCGAGUCAUUCGCACUCCUCGGGGAAAUGCCCUCUUGGUUGGUGUGGGCGGAUCAGGAAAACAGAGCCUGACAAGGUUGGCUUCUUUCAUUGCUGGCUAUACCUCUUUCCAGAUCACUCUGACAAGAUCCUACAGCACAUCAAAUCUGAUGGAAGACUUGAAGGUUUUGUAUAGGACUGCUGGCCAGCAAGGCAAAGGAAUCACUUUCAUUUUCACAGACAAUGAGAUUAAAGAAGAGUCCUUUCUGGAAUACAUGAACAAUGUUCUGUCUUCAGGCGAGGUCUCCAACCUAUUUGCCCGGGAUGAAAUUGAUGAAAUUAAUAGUGACCUGACAACAAUCAUGAAAAAGGAACACCCCAAGCGCCCUCCCACCAAUGACAACCUGUAUGAGUAUUUCAUGAGCAGAGUCCGAGGGAACCUUCACAUUGUGCUCUGCUUCUCACCUGUUGGAGAGAAAUUUCGGAAUCGAGCACUGAAGUUCCCUGCUCUUAUUUCAGGAUGCACGAUUGACUGGUUCAGCCGAUGGCCCAAGGAUGCUUUGGUUGCUGUGUCGGAACACUUCCUCUCAUCCUACAAUAUCAACUGCAGUGUGGAAAUCAAGAAGGAAGUGGUCGAGUGUAUGGGCUCCUUUCAGGAUGGGGUGGCUGAGAAGUGUUCUGAUUAUUUCCAGAGGUUCCGGCGCUCUACCCACGUGACUCCCAAAUCAUACCUCUCCUUUAUUCAGGCCUAUAAAUUCAUAUAUGGGGAAAAACACAUGGAAGUGCAAAGCCUGGCCAACAGAAUGAAUACUGGAUUGGAAAAACUGAAAGAAGCUUCGGAAUCAGUUGCAGCCCUGAGCAAAGAACUGGCAGUAAAAGAAAAGGAACUACAAGUGGCCAAUGCUAAAGCUGACACGGUCUUAAAAGAAGUCACAAUGAAAGCACAGGCUGCUGAGAAGGUCAAGGCUGAGGUACAGAAGGUGAAGGACAAAGCACAGGCCAUUGUGGACAGCAUCUCUAAGGACAAAGCCAUCGCGGAAGAGAAACUAGAGGCAGCAAAGCCAGCCCUAGAAGAGGCAGAAGCCGCACUCCAGACCAUCAAGCCCUCUGACAUCGCCACAGUGCGCACACUGGGCCGACCCCCUCACCUCAUCAUGCGGAUUAUGGACUGUGUGCUGCUGCUGUUUCAGAGGAAGGUCAAUGCCGUGAAAAUUGACGUGGACAAAAACUGCACCAUGCCUUCCUGGCAGGAAUCUUUAAAACUGAUGACUGCAGGAAACUUUCUCCAGAACCUACAGCAAUUCCCCAAAGACACGAUCAAUGAAGAAGUGAUAGAAUUUUUGAAUCCUUACUUUGAAAUGGCCGACUACAACAUUGAGACAGCCAAACGCGUCUGUGGGAAUGUAGCUGGGCUUUGUUCCUGGACCAAAGCCAUGGCUUCUUUUUUUUCUAUAAACAAGGAGGUGCUGCCUCUGAAGGCCAACUUGGUAGUGCAAGAAAAUCGUCAUGUCCUGGCCAUGCAGGACCUUCAGAAAGCCCAGGCUGAGCUGGAUGCCAAGCAAGCAGAGCUCGAUGUGGUGCAGGCAGAGUAUGAACAGGCCAUGACUGAAAAGCAGACCUUGCUAGAAGAUGCAGAGCGGUGUAGGCAUAAGAUGCAGACAGCAUCCACGCUCAUCAGGGGCCUGGCAGGUGAAAAGGAACGGUGGACGGAACAAAGCAAAGAGUUCGCUGCACAAACGAAACGACUUGUAGGGGAUGUGUUGCUCGCAACGGCUUUUCUAUCAUAUUCUGGUCCAUUUAACCAAGAGUUUCGAGAUCUGCUGUUAAAUGAUUGGAAGAAGGAAAUGAAAGCCCGUAAAAUUCCAUUUGGGAAUGAUCUAAAUCUUAAUGAGAUGUUGAUUGAUGCCCCUACUAUCAGCGAAUGGAACCUACAAGGCCUUCCAAAUGAUGACCUGUCCAUUCAGAAUGGAAUUAUUGUCACAAAAGCAUCACGCUAUCCUUUGUUAAUUGAUCCUCAGACUCAAGGGAAGAUCUGGAUUAAAAAUAAAGAAAGCCAAAAUGAACUGCAGAUCACAUCUCUAAACCAUAAGUACUUUAGAAACCACCUGGAGGACAGCCUUUCCCUUGGAAGGCCUUUGCUGAUAGAAGAUGUUGGGGAGGAAUUAGAUCCCGCUCUGGACAAUAUUUUGGAAAAAAAUUUCAUUAAAACUGGAUCUACAUUUAAGGUGAAAGUUGGCGACAAGGAAGUAGAUGUUAUGGAUGGCUUUAAACUUUACAUUACUACCAAGCUGCCAAAUCCAGCCUACACCCCAGAAAUAAGUGCUCGGACCUCCAUCAUUGACUUCACUGUUACUAUGAAAGGCCUGGAGGAUCAGUUACUAGGGAGAGUCAUCCUCACGGAGAAACAGGAACUGGAGAAAGAACGAACUUAUCUCAUGGAGGACGUAACUGCAAACAAAAGAAGGAUGAAGGAGCUAGAAGAUAAUUUGCUUUAUCGUCUGACAAGCACCCAAGGGUCCCUGGUGGAAGAUGAGAGUCUCAUUGUUGUGCUGAGCAACACCAAAAAGACAGCCGAGGAGGUGACACAGAAGUUGGAAAUUUCUGGAGAGACAGAAAUUCAAAUUAACUCGGCCCGGGAGGAGUACCGACCUGUUGCUACAAGGGGCAGCAUCCUCUAUUUCCUCAUCACUGAGAUGCGCUUGGUUAAUGAGAUGUAUCAGACUUCGCUCCGUCAGUUUCUGGGCUUGUUUGACCUUUCCUUAACCAGGUCUGUCAAGAGCCCAAUUACAAGCAAGAGGAUUGCUAAUAUCAUUGAGCACAUGACCUAUGAGGUUUUCAAGUAUGCGGUCCGAGGCCUAUACGAGGAGCACAAGUUCCUGUUCACUUUGUUGCUCACCCUGAAGAUUGACAUCCAGAGGAACCGGCUCAAGCAUGAGGAGUUUCUCACCCUCAUUAAAGGUGGUGCCUCACUGGAUCUUAAAACCUGUCCUCCUAAACCAUCAAAAUGGAUCCUAGAUAUGACUUGGCUGAAUUUGGUGGAACUUAGCAAACUUAGGCAGUUUUCAGACAUCCUUGAUCAGAUAUCAAGGAAUGAAAAAAUGUGGAAAAUUUGGUUUGACAAAGAAAACCCAGAAGAGGAGCCUCUUCCAAAUGCCUAUGAUAAAUCUCUUGACUGCUUCAGACGUCUCCUUCUUAUUAGGUCCUGGUGUCCCGAUAGAACCAUUGCCCAGGCUCGCAAAUACAUCAUGGACUCCAUGGGCGAAAACUAUGCAGAGGGAGUUAUGCUGGACUUAGAAAAGACCUGGGAGGAGUCUGACCCACGGAUGCCACUCAUCUGCCUUCUGUCCAUGGGCUCUGACCCCACAGAUUCCAUUAUUGCUUUGGGAAAGAGGCUAAAAAUAGAAACACGGUAUGUGUCCAUGGGCCAGGGUCAGGAGGUCCACGCGAGGAAGCUGUUGCACCAGACCAUGGCAAAUGGAGGAUGGGUACUUCUGCAAAACUGCCAUUUGGGCCUUGAUUUCCUGGAUGAACUAAUGGACAUAAUUACAGAAACAGAGACUGUGCACGAUGCUUUCCGCCUAUGGAUUACCACCGAGGGCCACAAGCACUUCCCUAUCUCGCUCCUUCAGAUGUCCAUCAGGUUUGCCAAUGAGCCACCUCAGGGGCUCCGGGCAGGCCUGAAAAGAACAUAUGGUGGCGUGAGCCAGGACCUACUGGACGUGAGUGUGGGGACCCAGUGGAAGCCCAUGCUGUAUGCAGUGGCAUUCCUCCACUCCACUGUCCAGGAGCGGCGCAAGUUUGGUCCGCUAGGGUGGAAUAUCCCCUAUGAAUUUAAUCAAGCAGACUUCAACGCCACUGUGCAGUUCAUUCAAAACCAUCUGGAUGACAUGGAUAUCAAGAAGGGUGUGUCCUGGACCACUGUCCGAUACAUGAUAGGAGAGAUUCAGUAUGGAGGCAGAGUCACUGACGACUAUGACAAGAGGCUGCUGAACACACUGGCAAAGGUCUGGUUCAGUGAAAACAUGUUUGGGCCAGAUUUCACCUUUUACCACGGAUACAACAUUCCAAAGUGCAGCACAGUGGACGGCUACCUUCAGCACAUCCAGAGCUUGCCUGCCUAUGACAGCCCAGAGGUGUUUGGACUGCACCCCAAUGCGGACAUUACUUACCAGAGCAAGCUGGCCAAAGACGUGCUGGACACCAUCCUGGGCAUCCAGCCCAAGGACAGCUCUGGUGGAGGGGACGAGACACGGGAGGCUGUGGUGGCCCGCCUGGCUGAUGAUAUGCUGGAGAAGCUUCCAGAAGAUUAUAGUCCCUUUGAGGUGAAGGACAGACUGCAGAAGAUGGGACUGUUCCAGCCCAUGAACAUUUUCCUCAGGCAGGAGAUAGACAGGAUGCAGAGGGUGCUCAGCCUCGUCCGCAGCACCCUGACUGAGCUGAAACUAGCUGUGGAUGGCACCAUUAUCAUGAGUGAAAAUCUGCGGGAUGCUCUGGAUUGCAUGUUUGAUGCCAGAAUCCCUGCUCGGUGGAAAAAGGCAUCAUGGGUUUCAAGUACCCUGGGCUUCUGGUUUACAGAGCUGCUAGAAAGAAAUUGCCAGUUCACCUCCUGGGUUUUCAAUGGCCGACCCCAUUGCUUUUGGAUGACAGGCUUUUUUAACCCCCAGGGAUUUUUAACUGCUAUGCGACAGGAAAUCACUAGGGCCAACAAAGGAUGGGCUUUGGACAAUAUGGUUCUUUGCAAUGAAGUUACAAAAUGGAUGAAGGAUGACAUUUCUGCUCCUGCCACAGAAGGAGUCUAUGUGUACGGCUUGUAUCUUGAGGGUGCUAGCUGGGACAAAAGGAACGCGAAACUCAUUGAAUCUAAACCCAAAGUGCUUUUUGAGUUGAUGCCUGUCAUAAGGAUUUUUGCAGAAAACAAUACGGCAAGAGAUCCUCUGCUAUACUGCUGUCCCAUCUACAAGAAGCCAGUUCGAACUGACUUGAACUACAUUGCGGCUGUAGAUCUCAAGACAGUCCAGCACCCUGAACACUGGGUUCUCCGCGGGGUAGCCCUUCUCUGUGAUGUCAAGUAACAGAAAUGCACCGUCCAAAUUAUUGUAAUCUGUUUCUCUGUCAGUGAUGCAUAAAUCAGACUGUGUUCUGUGCAGUUAACGAGGCAACACAGUCCCAUACACUUCCUUCGAUGCUUAGUUGCCUUUUACUUCUUUUGUUAUUGGACAUUGACCUUUGCAUUUUUUUGAAAAAUAAUUACUGAUUUAAAAGCAUAAUUUCCAACCUCCUAGUGAAUUGUGGGCAUCAGAUCUCUAAUCAUCUAUUUUCUUUUUAUUUCUACCUGAAGUCUAUGUUAAGCAGAUGCUAUUUCCUCCAAGGGAUU